AUGUUGUUGCGCGCAAUUCUUACGCUCCUCGCGAGCGCCUUGAGCAGCCCCGCGUUUGCGGCGCCUGCGGGCAAGGUUCGAAGUCAUAGGGUCCGAAAUUUCAUCUACGUCGUCCCUGAUGGAUUUGGGCCUGCAUCGCAGACCCUCUGGCGAGAUUAUAUCAGCAUCAUGAACAAGAAUGGGACGGAACUGCGGCCCAACUCGACAGCGACCGAUCUCGAUGGCAUCAUGAUUGGCACCGUGCGCACCCAGUCGUUUGAUAAAUUUGUUACGGAUUCAGCAGCCGCGGCUACUGCUUUUGCGACUGGCCACAAGACGCAUAAUACAGGGAUCGGCAUCGAUAGCGACGUCAAACCGGUAGCAUCGAUCCUCGAGGCAGCACACCUCGAGGGCUUCAAGACCGGCCUCGUCGUCACGUCGCGCGUCACCCACGCCACUCCUGCUGGCUACUGCGCACACGUCAUGAAUAGAAGUCUGGAGGUCGAGAUUGCCAGCCACCAAAUUGGGCAGAAGCACCCCCUAGGAUCGGUCGUGGACCUCAUCAUGGGCGGCGGUCGUCGCCAUUACCAGACAAAGAGGCCGGGUGGGAACAGCACAAUUGACCUGAUUACAUGGGCCAAGGGUCAGGGCUUCUCCUACGCCGGGAAUAAAAGAGAGUUGGAAGUGUUUUCGCGCGACCUGGGCAAAGUCCCCCUGCCGUUCUUGGGUCUCUUCGCCGACAGCCACAUGGCCUAUGAGCUGGAUCGUGACAACGAGAAGGAGCCGUCUCUCCUGCAAAUGACGCAAACCGCAAUCAAGACGCUGUCCGAUGCUACCACGGCCGGUAGAGACGGUAGGGACGGUGUAAGCCGUCCCAAGGGCUUCUUUCUCAUGAUUGAAGCUUCGCGAAUCGACCACGCAGGCCACGCCAACGACAUCGCCGCGCAUAUCCACGACAUCGCCAUGUACUACCAAGUCAUGUCUUUCCUGAGGAAAUUCGUCACCGAAAACCCCGACACCCAGAUCCUCUCGGCGGCGGACCACGAGACCGGCGGCCUGACCCUCGGCACCGGCUACAACCCUGCCAUGCUGGAGAGGGCUAACCAUACGUCCGAGUACCUCGAGAGGGCCUUUGCCUUGUACCAGGGCCCGGACAGAGCAACUUACUUGAGGAACGUUAUUCUUCCCCAGUACGGACUUGUAAGUGCCUCUGACAAAGAUGUUAAGAAGUAUCUUGAUGUUCUCAAACGGGACGGCAUCUCCGAGAUGGGAAGUGUCAUCAGGCGUGACUUUGCGAAAUCAGCCGGCAUCACGUGGGCAACAGAUGGCCAUUCGGCCGUCGACGUCCCUCUGUACGGCUUCGCCGUUGGCGACAAGGCGUACUCGCAGAUGAAGGAGUACUUGGGGCCUCACACGGAUAAUACCCAGUUGGCACUGUACAUGGAGUCGGCGCUCGGUGUUAACCUAAACAAGGCUACGGAGGCUCUGAGGGAGAACUGGGUCAAGUUUGAGGGGUAUGGCGGCAAAGGGGGGAGAUGA